AUUGAAUAAGCAAUUGUUCACUGAACGGCCUACUGAGUUCUGGGGAAAACAAACCGAACACGAGUGCGGCAAUGGACAAACCAUUAGAGGAGAUGUCAUCAGACAGAACAGGUUGAGAUUGAAUAUGCCAAGUGCUGUAAGAGCUAAGAGAUCAGUACAACUAGUCAGGAAUUUCAAGAUGGCGGCGGCACACGGGCGCAGUGUUGUUUGUAAUUGUGGUGUUUAUGGAAACAGGGGUUGUGGGAUAGGGUUAGAGACCCUAUGAGAUGCGAGACCUUUAACAGAAAUGGGAACAGCAAGCUCUAUAGCAGGAGCACAAGGUUCUGAUGACAUUCAAGAUGACGAAUUAGGCGAUGAACUGGGAGAGAUCAAAAAAAUUCCUGUAGAAUACCCUCAAAGAAGAACUCUCACAAGUUCUUUGCGUUCUGUCGGCUCUAUUGGAAAGAAAAAGAAUGGCGCCGCGAAAGGGAAAAUUGUCUCAAAAUCAGAUAGUCUGCGGUCUGCGCUGUCGUUUGAUUUCGACAGUGAAACCGAAAAAAUUCGUAGAGAAUAUGAAGUGUUUCGAGUCAGCAAGCAAACAGAGAUAGCAGAACUCCAAGUUUUGAAUGAGAAAUUGCAGAGCGAAAACCGGCGGUUGCGGGGCGAGUCUAAAGUACUGCAAGCCACGUGUCAAAAACUACGAUAUGAAAGGGAAAUGGCGUUAGACGCCGGAGACCAAGCUCUUCAAAGAGCUGCUACAUUUGAAAAAGAACGUGACAAAGUCCAAAGACAGUUCAAGAUAUUUCGAGAGGCUAAGGAACAAGAGAUUCAAGAUUUACUCACAGCCAAAAGAGCGGUCGAGAGCAAACUUCAGCAUGUUCUAACUGCACAGGGUUAUGAGGAAGGCCAUGGGGCUGCUUCAGAGGUGCUUGGUGGUAGAAAUAAUGUAACUGACUGGUGGCCAUCAUCGCUUGAAAGUGAACCUAGUGUGGAUGGUUUGGCACAGCUUGGAGUCACGUAUGGUACUGACUAUGGCCUUGCUCUGAUGGACCGUGAGGGGCCUUUCACUAACAUCAGUAGAGAUGACUGGAACGCUGCUAUGCCAUCGAUACUCACCCUCUCAAACAGCUAUCAGCCCCCUGUACAGUCUCCUGUGCUGAGAAUCUAUGUCUCUGCUCCUUCUACUAUGAUGGAGGAGGUCAACAUGUUGAAGAAGUCACAUCUUAGCAAAUUGGAGGCUUUGUGUGAAGACCAUGGAAAGUUUGCUGUUUUCAUUCACAUAGACGAAGAUGGGGAGACACUAAAUGAAAAGGAAUUUCAAAAAUCCCUGCAGAUGCGUCUUGAUCAAAUAAAGCAGUGUACAGUGUUCUUAGCAUUUUUAGGUGGGAAGUCAAACAGAUUUACAUAUGAGGAAUUUAAUCAAGGCCACUUGGAAUGUCCAGGGCAGCAGUGUGCUAUUUUCUGCUUUAGAAAUCCAGACAAGCAUAGUGAUCCAGAUGUUAGAGACGAAAAUAUCCACUUGGCUGAAGAGAUUAAAACAUUGAUUAGAAAAUCUUCAAACUUAAAGCUGUUUGAUAACUAUGAUAGUGCAGAAGAGGGUGCCCAGUUGGCUUAUGUUGAACUCAGCAGGUAUCUAAAGAAGGUGCUCAGUUUGGACAAGUCUGAUGGUGGCGCUGACGACCUGUGGAGCGAUGCCUGCACACUUGACAAGAUGGAUGAGCUAGAACAGUUAGACAUGUUUCACAAGUCAUCCUCAAGCUCCUGUGAAGCAGGCUUGACAAAGUACUACAGUGAGUUGAACAUGCAUGUGCUGACAGCAGGGCAUCUGCCCCCCUUGCUAGUCAUCGGAGACGAUGGGUCAGGAAAGUCUCUCCUACUAUCAAAAUGGAUAUCUCUGCAACAAGGAAGCUUGCCAGGUUGGUUAUUGCUGUCCCAUUUUGUUGGCCCAACGUCAUCUUCAUCAGCUAGCCCUGUACUGAUGCUUAAGAGACUUACGAUACAGCUGAUGCGCCAUGUGACCUCCUCCUUGAAUCUGACAUGCGACCCUGUACAUCUAGAGGAGGAGUUUCCUCGCUGGCUUGAGAAAGUGUCCUCAAAGCUUCAAGGUGGCAUCACCAUUGUUAUUGACUCAGCUGACAGACUGGAUGGUGCCAUGUCUCACAUGCAGUGGCUGAUGGACCCGCUACCUGUUGGUGUGCGAGUCAUACUCUCUGUCAGCCAGGACACUUGUCCAGCAGCAUGGAGGUCUUGGCCAAGUGUUAAUAUAGGUCCUUUAGAGGAAAGCGACAGGGAUGGGCUUCUAUCUGCACUGUUUGACCCUACCAUGAAAGACAAGGUGAUUCACUUGUUAGCUGAGAAUUCAUCAUCUGCUGUGUGUAAUCCCCGGUUCCUGUGCACCCUAGCAUCUGAGGUCACGUGUUUGACUGGGAUGGAAAACUUGACCAUCUAUCUGGAACAAUGCACAAGAAGUGAGACAACUGUCAGUUUAUACUUGGGCAUAUUGAAGCAAAUUCAAAGUACUCUGGAUGCAACUCAUCAGCAGUUUUUGCAACAGAUCCUUCUACAUGUAGCUGCAUCUCGUAACGGCUUGACUGAGCCAGAGAUCAGGCACCUCAUACCAAUGUCAUGGUGCUCUUGGCUGGACUUGUACAGUACCUUACAGUCUAGAGGGAUAGUAUCAUGUCAAGUGGGUCUUAUCACAAUUGCCAACAGACAGGUAUACAAAGCUAUCAGCUUGAUAGACAAUUUCACUGAUCAUCCAAGUACCUCUGCAAUGGUUCAACAGGUCAUUGACUACUUUGAAUACAAGAUGAGGAGCUGCUGUGUAACAUUCAGACUUGUUGAUGAACUUCCUUGGCUUCUUAAGAAAACUAGUAACAAGGAAAGACUCCAAGGCUGUCUACUUGACAUGAAUGUGUUUGCAAGGUUUUUUGAAAGAGGUCGGAGUUGUGAGCUGGUUGACUACUGGAAAUAUAUAGGCUUGGAUCAGUCACGACUAGGCAAAUUGUAUUUAGAUGUUAUAAAAAGCAUGGAAAAUGAGGACCAGCCGUCUGUCCUUAUUGCCAACCUGUAUGUAGCAGUGGGGCAGUUUCUGAAGUAUUUAGGUCUGCUUAGUCAGGCGGCCCCAUCUCUACAGAAGGCUCUUGAGAUAAGAGAGAGUGUUCUCGACCCAGACCACCCACUGGUAGCCCAGUCCCUACAUUAUUUGGCUGAGCUCUACUCGCAUUGGGGAAACUUCAGUGCUGCGGAAGCCUUUUUCAAGCAAGCAAUUGAAAUCACCCAGAAUGCUCUUGGAGCAGACCAUUUCUCUCUCAUCAAGGAUUUAGAAGGUUUGUCGAUACUCUACAAAAAGAACGAAAAGUACUCCCUAGCAGAAAGCUGUCACAAGCGGGCUAUAGCCAUCCGUCAGAAGUCAGGCGUUUUGAUUGGUGUUCAGGCAAUGAAGCGAAAGAUUAUCCAGGUCGAGGAGCUAUCUCUGGGUCCAGGAAGCCAAGAAUUGUCCAGAUCUCUCAACGAGAUCGGUGUGCUGUACUACCUACAGAAUAACCACGAGGCUAGCAAGUCAUUUUUCCAGCGCUCGUUAGCAAUGCGAGAGGAGAUCCUGGGUGAAGACCACCCAGAGGUUGCUCAGUCGCUGCACAACCUGGCAGCUCUCUACAACGAUAAUAAACAAUACGAUAAAGCCGAACCUCUAUACAAACGGGCCCUGGAUAUACGGCUUAAGGCGUUUUCUCCUGAACACUCUUGUGUUGCCUCCACUGUGAAACAUCUCGCGACUCUGUACCGUAAGCAGGGCAAAUUCGACAAGGCAGAGCCCCUCUAUAGGGGGGUACAGGUUCUUUAUAACCCGCCACCCCUUAAAGCAAAGAGGACAUGUUUUCCUGCGUUCUGCAGACAAGCACUGGAAGCUCGUGAAAAGAUCUUUGGAGAUAACCACCCGGGCGUUGGCACCGCUCUGCACAAUCUGGCCGUCGUCCUCUGCCUUCAAAACAAACAAGAGGAUGCCAUACCAUUGUACGAGCGUGCCUUACGUAUCUAUGAAGAGAGCCUUGGGCCACAGCAUCCUCGUGUCGCGGAAGUGCUGGUCAACUUAGCCAAGGUCUACUACGACCAGGGUGCUUUGGGUGAAGCUGUCAGACUGUACAAGGAGGCCAGCGAUAUCCAGCAGAAUGGCCCACGGUCGCCGCAAUCUCGACCCGGGCGUGCUCAAUCAAUCGGAAUGCUUAGCAACAAUGGGACCGUACGAAACCCGUCACAUACCUCCCACGCGCUCGACACGGUGUCCAUGGGUUGAUAGCCAUACGGGCCGUUUAUGAGAACGACGUUGAUCGAAUAGCUCCUAGAUAUCGAGUGGAAAUGGGAUGGCGCCGUUCGCCCUGCCAGUUGUGGCUACCAUCUCAUUGGAUGAAGACAAGGCGCUCUAUCGGCUGAUAGCGAGGAUAAAUGCAAGGCGCUCUAUUGGUUGAUAGCAAGGAUGAAGACACGGCGCCCUAUUGGUUGAUAGCAAGGAUGAAGGCAAGGCGCUCUAUUGGUUGAUAGCGAAGAUAAAGACAAGGCGCUCUAUUGGUUGAUAGCGAGAAUGAAAACACGGCGCUCUUUUGGUUGGUAGCAAGGAUGAAGACAAGGCGCUCUAUUGGUUGAUUGCAAGGAUGAAGACAAGGCGCUCUAUUGGUUGAUAGGGAAGAUAAAGACAAGGCGCUCUAUUGGUUGAUAGCAAGGAUGAAGACGGCGAUCUAUUGGUUGAUAGCAAGGCUGAAGACAAGGCGCUCUAUUGGUUGAUAGCAAGGACGAAGACAAGGCGCUCUAUUGGUUGGAUAGAAAGGACGAAGACAAGGCGCUCUAUUGGUUGAUAGGGAAGAUAAAGACAAGGCGCUCUAUUGGUUGAUAGCAAGGAUGAAGACGGCGAUCUAUUGGUUGAUAGCAAGGCUGAAGACAAGGCGCUCUAUUGGUUGAUAGCAAGGACGAAGACAAGGCGCUCUAUUGGUUGGAUAGAAAGGACGAAGACAGGGCGCUCUAUUGGUUGGAUAGCAAGGACGAAGACAGGGCGCUCUAUUGGUUGGAUAGCAAGGACGAAGACAGGGCGCUCUAUUGGUUGGAUAGCAAGGACGAAGACAGGGCGCUCCAUUGGCUGAUAGCAAGGAUGAAGACAAGGUGCUCUAUUGGUUGAUAGCAAGGGUGACAGAUGAAGAGAUAUCUUUCUAUAUGCGGGGUUGGAAUUGGAGGAUACGAUGAUCGCAUCAAAUUAUAGAGCAGAGAUGACGACAAGACGUGGACCAGGUGCGUAACUAGAAAUUGCUGAGGGGGUGCGCAGUCAUAGUUAUCAUAUGGAAAAAGGAUAGUAUUUGACGGUCCUUCAAUAAGAGAUAACCCGCGAUUUGGCGGCCAAGGUCCCUGCGCACCCCUAGGUACGCGCCAGUGGGCGCCCUGUCGAAUCGUGUCUUUGAUGGUGUUGAUCCCAUCGACCAGAAGAUACUGAAAAUUGCAUGUACUUUAAAACGAUUAUGGAGAUACCUUAACAUCGACCAAAUGCGAGAAUACCACGUUUGUGGGCGCGUAAUACCAUGUGUGUGGGCGUAAUACCACGUGUGUUGAUGCGUAACACAAUGUGUGUGGACGCGUGAUACCAUGUGUGUGGGCGCGUGAUACCACGUGUGUGGGCGGGUGAUAUACGUGUGCGGGCGCGUAAUACCACGUGUAUGGGCGCGUAAUACCAUGUGUGUGGGCGCGUAAUACCCAUGUGUAUGGGCGCGUAAUACCACGUGUUUGGGCGUGUAUUUUCCUAGCUUAUUGUUUUAGGGACAGCAUGUUAGUCCGGCCUAACGAUAUUUAUUGUUGUAAAAAGGGACUUACUUUUCACAUAAAAAAGUUAAACUUAGGAUUCUAUGAUUCUAGUUUUUUACACUUUACGCAAUUUCAUCCCUUUUUCAACCUAAUAAGAUUCCGCACAGACAGUAUUUAUUGGAAAAAAAGUAUAGAUCAGAAAAUGAGUCCUUGACGCAGGGGAAUAAUACAAUAUAUUACAAAACAUAUUUGGAUGUGUUUUGCAACACAAAAUGUAUUUUAUUUGUAUAAAUACAGGAUCAUAACGGAAAUACAGCGAUUUAAAUGCA